AUGCUAAACCAAACACGCAAACAAAUUUUAAUCAACAGAAUUGAUAAUCUAGAAGGAAUUAUCGCCGGCAAUCUGGCACAGGCUAAUCGUUGCCGAGAAAGAGGAGAAACAGAACGAGCCGACGCUUAUUUAGAAAAUAAUGAACAAGUGAAGAAAAUAAUUGCGGAAUGCCGUAAUGAGUUAACUCAAAUAGAACAACAAUUACAAGAAUAUUUACAGGAAAAAUACCCCACUGAGGAAGCAAAAUCAGAAGUCCAAGAACUUAUUUUGACCUCCAUUACUGAAAUCUUAACAGGAGGAGAAUUGGAUUUAACCGCUUUUUCUAAUUUAGAAAAAGUAGAAAUUGACCCUAAUAUUUUAUCUACUCCUCUUACCAAAAUAAUUACCCAAGGUCUCACUAAAUUAAAAGAAAUAAUUUGGGAACAGGUGGAAGAGGAAACCGAAGAAGAUAAAAAAUUAUGGGAGGAAUUAGGAAUUGGCGGCGAUAUUAUUAAGAAAAAAGUAGAUAAAACUCCUUUAUUUUGGAAUAAAUUUUUGGAAGAAUUAAAUUGGGUUAAGGAUAAUUUACCAGCCCCUUACCAAUUGGAUUUAACUUUAUUACUAAAUCCUUCUACUUUCCCAUAUCCUGAGUUAGAAAGUAGUCUAUUAUCUAUUUACUUCCCCACUAAUCAAGAAAUUGCGGACGGACAAAUGAUAAAAACCACUAAUGACAAGUAUAUUAUUCAAGUUCACUAUCACUCACAAAGUCCUUUUAGUAAAGAAAUCUCUGAAUUAGUUAUUACCACUCCUUUAAAAUUAGAAAUUGCUAAUUUAAAACAAAAACAGGAGCAAUUGCCAACUAGUGAGAAUUUUGAGGAAUUGGCCCAGCAGAAGCAAAAAUGA